UAAAAAAAAAAAACAAAAACUUACAGAUAAUAUGGAUUGGUUUAGAUUUAGAAAAGAGCAAUAAAGCAAGUAAGAAAGCGAUUAAGAGUUAAAGCGGGGGGAAAAGGAUACGUACCCGUGUUUGUGAGUUGCGGUGGAAAGCGGAGGCUAUAAAAUAUAGCUCGGCCGCGCGCGACAUCAUAGGACUCAUCAUAGGAGUCUCCUCCUCUUUUUUUCUCCUCAUGCCACAGUCUUCCAACUCCGCCUCUCGACAAAUCCCCGUCAGCCGCACGCCCGAGGGGGCAGGAAUCGAUCGGGCGAGAAGAAUAGCAUCUGCUGCUCCUCCCCAUUCCCCCUUCCCCCUUCCCCUCGGCCCUUCCCCUUCCCCUUCCCUCCUGGGCCCCACACACACACACACACCCCACACCUUAUGUAGUAAUAAUAAUAAUAUAAUAAUAAUAAUAAUAAUAAUAAAGGAGAAGGAGGAAGAGGAGGGAAAAGCAGCAGCGCAAGGGGGGAGUGCCACGUCAGCGACGUUUCCUGCAUUUGUAAAAGCGCCCCAAAAGAAAAAGAGAGCAAAAUCCCCGAGCCUAUUUCAAACCACUUCGUUCCUCUCUUUCGCUUCCUCUGUUGCAAAGAGAAAACGAAAAGGAAAACGUUAAUGGUGAGAUAUUGAGAACGAGAGAGAGAGAGAGAGAGAGAGAGAGAGAGAGAGAGAGAGAGAGAAUUGUUACUUGAGUGUUUCCUGAGCUCGUUUUAAAAGAAAAAAAAAUAGGGGUGGAAAAUGGAGGGGUGGGGGAAGCCGCAGUUGCAACGGCGUAACGGGCACCGUUACGGUAACGGUAACGGUAACGGUAGCGGUAGCGGCUACGGUUGCGACAACCCUUCGUUCUCGUCGACGCUACUCGACGCGAUCUACCGCUCCAUCGACGAGAGCGAUGGAAGAGGGGAGAAGCAUCGCGGCGGCGGCGGCGGCGGCGGCGCAGCAACGCACCGGCCGGUUCCCGUCGCCGCUCAGAAGAAGAGCGGGAGCUACGGGAGCGGCGCGGAGGCGAGCGACGGGGCGGGGACGCGGCUCAAGCCGGGGCCCUCGACGUCGAGCUCCUCCGAGUGCUCCAGCUACGGCGGGUUCUCGUCCUCCGAGGCCGAGUCGGGGCCCGGCUCGGCCCGGCUCAGGCCGAUCCGGACUGGGGUCCGGCCCGAACAGGCCCCGGCGCCGCCAAUCCGGUCCCCGCGCCGCUCGGCCAAGCCCCCGGCGUCGCCCGGGGCGAGGAUCGCGAGCUUCGUCGCCUCCCUCUUCGCCGCCGCGGCGCGGAGCCCGCGUAGGCCGAAGGCGGCAGCGGCGGCGGCGGCGCCGCCUCCGCCGCAGCCGCGGUCGUGCCUCAGCAGGACGCCGUCGACGAGGGAUCGCCCUCGUCCCCGCGCCCCGCCGCCGCGUGGGGAGGAGGGAGCGGGGAAGAGAUCGGUGAGGUUCCACGCGGCGAGCGCGGCCGCGGGCGAGGAUCGGCGUACCUGUGGACAUCGCCGGGUGCACGACGGGGAUCGUGCGGCGGCGGAGGCGAGGAGGGUGGAGGGGCUCCUCCGAGGGUUUGAGGAGGAGGAAGAGGAUCGAAGGGGGAGCGACGCGAGCUCGGAUCUCUUCGAGUUGGAAACCCUAACCGCCAUUGGAGGAGGAGGAGGAGGAGGAGGGUUUGGGGACGAGCUCCCUGUGUACGAGACCACGACCACGAGGCGCGGUACGAAUCGCGCCUUCGCCCGCCACGGUCUCAUUUUAUAAUAAUUUAAUAAUUUUU